AUGGGUGGUCACGCUGUUCAGGCACUAGGCGUGGGAGUCGUGACGGUUGGCCGCGUCGGUGGCGACAGUGUCUUGCCUGUGCUAGUGGUGGCGUCGCGGCCAAUGGGUGUGGACAUGAUUCUCGGAAUGACGGGCAUCUCCGCCCUCGGCGGAGUGAGCGUGAAAGGGCCGGGGGAUGUGAGGAUCGACGCGGUUUCAGAGAGGGUCCCAGUGCGCCCGGCGGGGAUCAACAGAGCAGUGGCGCGCCCAGGUGGUGUCGCGGGGGUGGCAGUGCGCUCGGCCCCGGCUACGCAAGGACACGGCGGGGCAGUGGCGCAGCCAGGCGAGGCGCCGGCGGCGGCGCGUCCAGCCCGGGCGGCGCAGGUGAUCGGCGGGACAGUGGAGCGCCCAGGCGCCGGCGAGGCAGCGGCGGCGGGCCCGGCCCGGGCGGCGCAGGUGAUCGGCGGGACAGUGGCGCGCCCAGGCCGCGGUGGCGAGGCGGCGGCGGCCGGCCCGGCCCGGGCAGCGCAGGCGAUCGGCUGUGCAGCGGCGCGCGCAGGCGGCGGCGAGGGAGCAACGGAUCGCCCCGCUCAGGCAGGCCAAGUGACCGGCGGAACAGUGGCGCGUCCAGGCGGCGCCAAGGUGGCGGCGGUGGAGCCGGCCAGGGCAGCCUCGGCAUCGCGCGGAGAGGGGGCGGGGCUUGGUAGCGCCGCAGCGACUGCGUCACAGGACCCGGCCGGCCCGGCGACCGGGCAUACCAUGCCCGGGCCCAGAGUGGGCGGGGCAUCCACCGCAGAGCUAGUGGCCGACGCGAAAGACUUCACGGCGAGGUUCGAUGUUAAUACACGCAGUUGGACAGUGGCCUGGAAGUGGGCGGACGGAGUCGCACCAGACUGUCUGACCAACCGGGUCGCCGAGUACCGCGUGCCACCGUCAGCGCGGCAGGAGUAUGACGAGGAGCUCGAGACGUGGCUGAGGAACGGCUGGCUGCAGCCCUACAAUGAAGCAGAGGACGGUCCGCCGCGCGGCCUCGUGCCCUUGAUGGCCGUCCCACAAGCAAAGAAGGUGCGCCCUGUACUGGACAUGCGAGAGCUGAACGGUCACGUAGCUGCAUACACCGCCGACUCGGACGUGUGCGCCGACCGCCUGCGGAAAUGGCGCCGCCACGGCCGGCGGGUGGCCGUCGUAGAUCUGCGGCGAGCGUACCUGCAGCUGCGUCUCGACCGGAAGCUGUGGCCGUAUCAGACAGUGAUCAUCCGUGGUGAGCGAUUCUGUUUGACCCGCCUUGGUUUUGGACUUAAUGUAGCGCCGGCCGUGAUGAAGGCGGUGGUGCGGCUCGUCAUGGCGCAGGAUGCAGCAGUGGAGCGCGCCGUCUGUCCGUAUGUGGACGACCUGCUUGUGGAUGAGGCUGUCGUCAGUGCUGAGCACGUGGUCGAGCACUUUGAGCGUUUUGGGCUCGAGUGCAAGCCACCGGCACGCGCCGAGGACGGCGCUCGGAUGCUGGGACUCCACGUGCGGCGUGUGGCGGGUGAGCUGCGGUGGUCUCGUGACAGCGCUGUCCCCGACCCGCCCGACCGUGUGACGCGCCGAUCGGUAUUUGCAUGGUGCGGCAGGCUGGUGGCGCACCUCCCCGUCUGCGGCUGGCUGCGACCCGCCGCCGCCUGGGUGAAACGGCGCGCCAAUGCCGUCACGCGCGGCUGGGAUGACGUCACGACCGACGCGCUCCUGCAGUCUCAGAUCUCGCACGUGCACUCCCGGCUGCUAGCGGCGGACCCGGCGCGGGGCCAGUGGUGCUGGACCGGGGAUCAGGCAAUCGUCUGGACAGACGCCAGCUCGAUCGCGGCUGGAGUGGUCAUCGAGACACCGUGCGGUGGCGUGAUGGAGGACGCCUGCUGGCUCCGGCCCGGCGAUGCCGCAGCGACCCACAUAAACAUGGCCGAAUUGGAUGCCGCCGUUCGCGGCUUGAACCUGGCCGUGGCGUGGGGCGUGACAAACAUCGACCUAAGGACAGACUCGGCGACAGUGCACCGCUGGGUGGACGACGCGCUCAGCGGCCGCGCCCGCCUCCGGACGAGAGCGGCCGGUGAGAUGCUAAUCAGACGCCGUGUCGACCUCAUUCGACAGCUAGCCAACGAACUGGAGCUCAAGGUCACCGUCACGCUGGUUCGCUCGGAGAAGAACCUCGCCGACGCCCUGACGCGAGUGCCGAAGGAGUGGCUGCGUGACGAGUGUGAAGAGAGCAAGAUGUCGGUGACGGCCGAUGACGGAGCCGGCGACUCGGCCGCCCGUGGGCAGGUGGUCGUUGGUGCUGGUGCUGCAGAUGCCGUCAGGUCGUCUGUGCAAUCGGUGCACGAGCGGGCCGGUCACCCUGGCGUUCGUCGGACGCUGUUUUUCGCGCGGCGAGAUGUGUCUCGAGAUGUGACGAGGGCUCUGGUGCGCGCGGUCGUGACGACUUGUGAUGUGUGCCGAUCGAUAGACCCGGCGCCUGUGCGGUGGCGGCACGGCUCGCUAGAGGUGGCGGCAGUAUGGGAGCGCGUCGCGAUGGACGUGACCCACCACCAGGGGCGGAGCUACCUAACCGUCAUCGACUGCGGGCCCACGCGGUUCACCGUCUGGCGCCCGCUCGGCCGUGCCGACGCAGUGGAGGUCACCGACCACCUGGAACAGAUCUUCCUUGAGCGCGGCGCGCCCAAAGAAAUACUGGCGGACAAUGACACGGUGUUUCGGGGCCGGCGACUCGCCUCGCUCGUGGCACGGUGGGGCAUUGCCCUGAGAUUCCGCGCCGUGCACGAGCCGGGCGGCAAUGGCGUAGUGGAACGGUGCCAUCGAACUGUUAAGGUGAUCGCGGCUAGGAGGCGGUGCGCUGUGUCCGAGGCCGUCCACCUCUACAACGUCACUCCUCGUGACGGCCGGACGGCGGACACCGCGCCAGCGGCCGGGGUGUACCGCUACGCGGUGAGAGACUGCGUCCGCCCAGGGCAUACGCCAGUCGAUACCGACGGGGAUGGCGCCCAGCCUGCGCCAGCGCUGACUCAGCCGACCGACACCCGGCUCCGGGUAGGGGACCGCGUGUGGGUGCGGCGCCGCGGCACCCGCUGUACCGAGACGUCUCAGCGCGGGACGGUUACGGGCGAGCUCUCAGAACAGGUGCUGGAGGUGGACGGCGUUCCGUGGCACGUCCGUAACCUGCGACCGCGGUACGAAGCGUCCUCGGACAGCGGGGAUGACAGUGAAGAGGCCGACGAAUCGCCGCCACUGCUCGUUGGCUCCCCGCCGGCCGCACUGCGAGCUGAACAUGACGCGCUGAACGGGGCGGCGCCCCCCGAUGAGCCACAGACUGAGUCACACGGGAUAGAUGGGACGGUGCCGCCUGGCGAGGGGUCGGAACCGUUUUCGACGGAAGGGGAGCCGGCGGAAGCGGCAAAUAUCCCCCCGCCCCGUCACAGUGAGCGUGCCCGGCGACCGCCGCCGCCGUGCAGCUGCUGCACCCAGCCGGAGUGA